CGGGACCGGUUCUGGCACGCUGACCUCCCCACCCGGGGUGGGGGAGAGACGCGCUCUUCUGCCUGGGGGAAAUGGAGCCGGGCCUGCUCUGAGCGUCGGCCCUGAGGCAUCAUGGGAUCGUCCACGCUGGGCAAGGCUGCCUCGCUGGGCCAGCUGCUGGACGCUUGCAUCCAGGCAUUCGAUGACCAGGGGGAGCUGGCUAGCUGCCAGCUGCCCCGCACCCUGCUGCUGAUGCACCGCUGGUACGUCACGUCCACCGAGCUGGCCGGGAAGCUGCUGAUGAUAUACCGGGACUGCGGGGGGGAAGACUGCCAAAGGACCAGACUCAAGAUCUGCUAUUUAAUGAGGUACUGGAUUGUGGAGUUCCCAGCGGAGUUUAACCUGGACCUGGGCCUGAUUCGCCUGACGGAGGAGUUCAGGGAAGUGGCAGCACAGUUGGGCUGUGAGGAGCACUUCAACCUUAUAGACAUCUCCACCAUUCCCUCCUACGACUGGAUGAGGAAGCUGACGCAGAGGAAAAAGCAGCCGAAGAAGGGCAAGGCAUCCCUGCUCUUUGACCACCUGGAGCCCAUGGAGCUGGCAGAGCAUCUGACCUUCCUGGAGUACAAGUCUUUCAGGAGAAUAUCGUUCACAGACUACCAGAGCUACGUGAUUCACGGGUGCCUGGUGGACAACCCCACGCUGGAGCGCUCUAUCGCCCUCUUCAACGGCGUCUCCCAGUGGGUCCAGCUGAUGGUCCUGAGCAAGCUGACCCCUCAGCACCGAGCAGAGGUCAUCACCAAGUUCAUCAAUGUGGCCCAGAAACUGCUGCACCUGCAGAACUUCAACACGCUGAUGGCGGUGGUGGGAGGUCUCAGCCAUAGCUCCAUCUCCCGCCUGAAAGAGACGCACCCCCACCUCUCCCCUGACGUCACCAGGAUCUGGAGCGACAUGACUGAGCUGGUGUCCUCCAACGGCAACUACUGUGCCUACCGCAAGGCCUUCACCGACUGCGAGGGCUUCAAGAUCCCCAUCCUGGGGGUGCAUCUGAAGGACCUGAUCGCCGUGCACGUGGUCUUCCCCGACUGGGUGGAGGAGACCAAGAUCAACAUCGCCAAGAUGCAGCAGCUGUACCUGACCUUCAACGAGCUGGUGUCUCUGCAGAGCGCCGCGGCCCAAGUGGAGCCCAACAUGGACCUUAUCUACCUUCUCACCCUCUCUCUAGAUCUCUACUACACCGAGGAUGAGAUUUAUGAGCUGUCACUGCUGAGGGAACCUCGCAACCCAAAGUCUUUGCCUACCUCUCCCACUACACCCAACAAGCCACUGGCCCCCCUAGACUGGGCAGCAGGGGUGACCACCAAACCGGAUCCCUCAGUGGUUAAUAAGCACAUCAGGAAGGUGGUGGAGUCUGUAUUCAGGAAUUAUGAUCAUGACCACGAUGGUUACAUCUCUCAGGAGGACUUUGAGAGCAUUGCAGCCAACUUCCCCUUCCUGGACUCCUUCUGUGUCCUGGACAAGGACCAGGAUGGUCUGAUCAGCAAGGAUGAAAUGAUGGCGUACUUCCUGAGAGCUAACUCCCUGCUGCAGUGCAAGAUGGGCCCUGGGUUUGUGCACAACUUCCAGGAGAUGACCUACCUGAAGCCCACCUUCUGCGAGCACUGCGCGGGAUUUCUCUGGGGUAUAAUCAAACAGGGCUACAAAUGCAAAGACUGCGGGGUGAACUGCCAUAAGCAGUGCAGGGAGCUGCUGGUCCUGGCCUGCCGGAAGCUUCCGCGAGCCGCCUCCCUGGGCAGCAUGUCCGCCAGCGGCCUCACGCACAGCUCCCUGCCCAGCAGCCCCACCCUGCCCACCUGCGCAGAUGAGGACGAGGUGUUUGAGUUCCCCAGCGUGGCCCCGGGGCCCCAGGAGCUGGAGGCCCCGUCCAUCACGCUGAUGACGGGCUCGGCCCAGCGGAUCUCCGUGCGGCUGCAGCGCGCCACCACCAGCCAGGCCACGCAGACCGAGCCGCUGUGGUCCGAGCACGCCUGGGCGGCCAGCGACCUGGGCUCACACACCUUCCCCAAGAUGAGAUACCGCCUGCACCACCGCAAGAGCUCCAAGAGCAAGGGGCUGGCACGCUGGGUCAACGAGGGCCAGGGCUCGCCCAGGGACCGCUGCGACUCCCAGGAGCAGACGGAGGGGCCCCUGGGGCCUGUGAGCAACGGCGUGGCCCCUCACCGGGACAGGAGGGAGUCCCAAGAGGACAGCUGACUUGGUACUGCAGCUCAUUGGCCCCGGAAACCCAGGUGGCCCUCAGGCCCUCGCCCCAGGAAGCUGUCCUCCCUGGGAGACAUUUUGGGCUGCCUGAAGCCCCUCCGUCCUGACCUGGAAUAGGACAAUCCUCUCUCAGCGGGCCCUGGGUGGACCAAACCACAAAAUCAGCCAAUGACUGGCCACCUCCCUGGCAGGCGGGGUGGAGGUGUGCACAGUGGACCAGGCAGGGGUGGGGGAGCGCCACAGGGAGAGGGGACCAGUGGUGCUGAAGAAAUGGACUGGUUUAAUCCCAGCCUGCCGUCUCUGUGCAAGGAGGGGGCAAUGCAUGCAAGUGACACUACUGUUUCGUAUGAAAGCCGGAAAUGCAACAGAUCGAUAUGGGACAAUAAGUGGAAGCAUUGGAGGUGAUGAAUGGGGAUUACGUGGGACGGACUGCACUUUAACGUGUUCGCGUUGAAGUGUCGCAGAGGCGUGGGAGCGGAUGAGGGUACCAGGCAUGUGGCAAAGCACAGCGCGGCUAAGGGCAAAGUGAGGGACAGAAGCGGAAACAGAAGCAAUGCUGAAGAAAUCGUAGCCUCAACGUAACGUUAAGGGUUAUAGUGAGAUACGGCGCCUGCUGGUUAUGUAUACAGUAUGCCUUUUUAGCAUCUCACUCUGGAAUUCAGAAGAAAACGGUACUUGCUUUAUCUUGUGUUAACAUGAGAUAAGGAACAUAUAAGGGGGCGUGGAUUUUUUUAUUUAUUAUUUUGUUAUUACCUAUUAGAGUUACCUGGAUACAGCGUUAUUGUGUUCAACUUGAUUUCAAAGGGAUUUGGAUUUAGAGAAUGAUCUUACCUGUGGUAUUUCUCAGUGCCUUUCUUGAGACUAGUCACUCUUAUUAGCUUAGAUUAAUAAUGUGACACAGAUUGGUCUUUGUUAAUUUGGCAUUCUGAAGAUUUAAGUCGAAUUUGACCAGCAGAUGUAGUGUGUUCUCCUCCUGUGAACAUUGGCUGCAUUCGGAAUGGCUCCCUGUAUGUUUAUCGUGCACAUUUUAGGGGGUCGGACAUUUUGUAUGGUGUCCCAAUUCUCUGACACCCAUGAGAGCUCACUCAAUAUCGGCCACAAUGUAGUGCAAAAUAUAGGGUACAAACUACAUUCACUCCUUGAGCACUGAAGAGAUUUUUUGAUAAGAUGGUGAUGGCUGAAUCUGAGUAUAUAUAUAUAAAUAAAUGUACAUAUAUGCAAUAGAUGAAAUACAUUCCAAAUUAUUUUUCCAUUUCAAAACUGUACAUUUAAUGGACAAUGCUUAGUUAGCUAGCUACCACCUACAACACGAAAUACAUUUAAAAAAUCAUCAAACCGCUGACAGCUGUACUGCAAGCAUUAUAUUACACAUUGCUCAGAAUCUGUGGUGUCAACAAAAUCAUCUUGUUAUUUCACUGCUCAAUCCUUUCUAGUGCUCUAUAUACAUUUCCAGAUCUAGUGUAUAUGGGGGGGGGGAGUGAAAGCCAUUCUGAACACAACCAUAGUUUCUUCAUUGGGAAGAGGCCAUUGAAUAUGACCUCUGACCUCAUGACCUGCAGGAUUAGGAUUUCUCGCUGGGACAGAGCACUGAUCAUAUGCCUCGUAUUUCUGGGAUUACCAGAGGGAACCAUUUCAUAGCUGUAUGUUCCAAAAAUGUUGUCUGCCAUUCAUACUAAGUGGCAUUCCAGUGCGGUUUGAGAAAAAUGGAAUUGGAAUUGGUCGUGGAAAAAUUUUCAUAUGUUCAUAUGUUCAGGCAUUAUGCUGUUUGGUACAUACAGUAAUUUGAAAUUGUGCAAGCUUCUAUCAAUACAACUGAAACAGCAGUCUGUAGCAGCAAUGAUAGCAAUAACCUCCUUGCUGACAAUGGUGGAAGACAAUAUCUUCACACCUCAAUAUUAAUGCCAUGCUCAGUAGGUUUCAAUUUUGUUUAUUGCAUUUCAGGUUAAAAAGAUACUCAGCUAAAAUAAACGGUUUAUAUAACAGUGGGCUUUGGCUUGUGAGCCAAACAAUGUACAUUAACAGUCAGCCUGGAGGUUCAUUAGCAUGCUCAUGUUGGGCUACAUCACCGUCAGUCCAAAAAAUACUCAGAGCACUAUGCUGCUUUCUAUAACAAGCUGCAAGGACAAUGACAUCAUGCUCUCCAGGCAUAUAGCUAAACAAUAUGAGCUGCUAAAUCUCCCUUUAAGCUGCCUUAGUAACUCCCAGAGAGACUUUCUUGCCAAUUCUGUUUCACUGGUGAUGAAGCCAAUUAUGAAUUUUGCUUUUGUUGCUUUGAGCCUGGGUAGCCAAGGGUACAGUUCAUCCCUCUCCAAGGAGAUUAGGGGUGACAAAGAAGUGACUGAUCCCACCAGACUGGGGAACAGGUGAGAGCAGGUGAAUUUGACAUGGAGAUUUCUGCCAAUGAGGUCUGAUGCUGUGCUGGUUUUAAAGCAGAAGCAAGCUUGUGAUUAAGAAAGUUUAUACUGAGUAGGAUCCAGUGAAUAAGAAUUUAUUUGGUUUUGUUUUGCUACUUUUCACGCACCAAUUCUUUUUUCUUUUUUUCUUUUUUCUUUUUGUUGCAAAACUCAGGUCUUCAAAUAAAUUUGAAUUUGCACUUAUCACUGAGCAUUGCGCUCGAGGAAAUCCUGCUUUCAUCAGCGUGCCACGGAUGACACUGUGGGCUGUGUUACCCAAUCCCGCGCAGUUUGUGGGAGAGAAUGUAGUGUCCAAUCACAGCUCACUAUUUCUGUUCUAAUCCCACAUCAACAUUUCCAAAUCAAAUGCUGUUAUUUAAUGCCCUCUCGCAAAUACCAUAUCAAACCAAGAUGGAGGAGUGCAUAUGCAGACAUUCUCACCCAGAAUUAUUAUACUGCUACAAUUAUUUAAAAAUAAUAUAUUACUCAUAUAUUACAUCAACUGCAUAUGUAUGUGCCUAUUCUUAUUUAUGGAAACAUGCUCUUAGGAUAUCAUGUUAUUAUGUAUUCUGAUGUGAAAACCUUAUGCAUGAGCAGUGUGUUUGUGUGUAUGCGUGUGUAUUUCCCAGCUGUCUCUCAACUGCUGACAAAUACGUCGUCAAAAUGUUCUAGGGUAACCACACCCCCAUGUCCAUCUGUACAGGUCUUUGCGGUUCUACAGAGUUCUUCAAAGACAUAAUUUCUAUGUUCUCCACCACUCCUCAGUCUAGGUCUGUUUGGCUCAGGGGAAAGGAAAAGACAUAUUGUUGAUGUUGCUCGUGUUUGACCAUGUGCGUAAUAGGCUAUGCUUCCCUUAUAGAAAUAGAGUACACUGCACUCUAUUGAAUUAAUGAUCAAAUCAAAAUAUUGACACACUUCACAAAAUAUCAACACAUUUUUACAAUUAUUAUUUUUGUAUAUUGCAAUAAAUAUUAUUUAUUGUAUGUAUUAUUAUUUAUUUUAUUUGUAUAUAUUGAAAUUAUAUUUUUGAAAAAGUCCACAUAUUUACAGUGUGAUGCAGUGUCUUCUGUUUCUGUACAGGAUCAAUGAAAGCAGGCUGCCCAGACUGUUAAAUACUUUUGCCCAGUCUCCAGAGAGCUUGAACAUAUUCAUUUUCAAUGUACCUUCAGUAUGCAUUCUUUAAAAAAAAAAAGGAACAUGACAUAUGCGGUUUAUUAUUUUAAUCUCCUCAGACCCUGUGUCAUACAUUUUUGGCUUCCCUGAGCUCUAUACAGUAUUUAUUUUAAAAUAAGUUAAUUACAAUUAAGUAAUAUAUAUAGAAAAUAUUUUCCCUACAACAUAUUUUUGUCAUCCAAGACACUUGGUAUUAAUGUAAAAAAAAUUAAAAUACUUUUUUUUCUCCAGGGUCUCAGGUGGUUAAAAACCUGUCUAUACAUUUAUAAAGCACAUCAUACUUAUGUUUUCCAUUUAUAUUUGACAUGAUAUUAUUUCAGAAAAAUGCAUUUCUCACACAUCUGUAAUUGUACAUUUGCCUAAUGCUAAAUUUAAUAGUAAUAUUUAUUGGUUCAUGUGUUUUUACACCCCAUAACCAGUCUGUUUGUCAAAUGUGACAAUCUUAUGUCUGUUAGUUGCCUGCAUAGUGAAUGAUCUGUUUGGUCUUCAUAAGUUUGAAUGUAUUUACCUAGGUUCAGUUCAUGUAAUCAGGUCCUUGAGAUAAAUUGUGUUUUUUGUUGAGAAACUUGUGAAUAAGGGAUAUCGAGAGGAUAGUAAGAUGACUAUUUUUGGACACAUUCCAUCAAAUCUAUAUUGUUAACAUAACAUAAUGUGAUUAUUAGUGUUAGUGUUGUCAGUGACGCUAUUAUGAUCGUCAUUUUAUUGCUUGUGUCAUGUUUAGCUGGUGUACUUGAAAGAAGUUGCAUUUUUAUAUGUUUGAUUGUGUUUGGGUUUUACAUUCACGCUGUUAAAAUGUUAAUUGAAGAGCCUUCAGUAGUAAUGUAUGAUAUUUUGGAGGGAGAUUGAUAUUUGAUUUCUUCUGUUCAUGUUUGCUAAAUUCAGGGUUAUGUCACAGUUAUUUUUUUUUUUUCAGAAUUUUGGGGAAAUCCAACAGCAAUGCACUGACAGCUAAGGUAAAGGUAAAUGCCAUAUGUAUCUGUCUUGACCGUAUUACAGGGGAAAGUUGUUUUAUGUUCUCUCUGCCUGUCCACCUGUAAUGUAUGUAUGUUGUUUUACUCAUCAAACACAGCCUUGGCCCACUUGUGCAAUUCUGGUGUCUAAUUGGCACAGAAGGUCUUGGGCUGAAGCAAGUGGUGACCAGUUUCUUAGAAGACUACAUCCAUGCAGAUUUUCAAUGCCAAGAACAGUUCAGCCAAAUUGAUCUGAACACAGAUUUACAAGAUCAUAAUUAAACAACUAUCAAGUGUCACUCAUCAAGAGUGGCACCUGUGUAAGUUUCAAUGUGUUUUUUCUAAAGAUAACACUUUUAUAUUUAUGGUGUCCUAAAGUAUAUUUAUUUUUUGACAAUAAAAUAGUUUAUUUCCAUGCUGUUUAUCACAAUAGGCCACACUAACAUCGAAUGGCAACUGUUUUUCUUUUUUUUCUUUUUUACUGUAGAUAAGAGUUAUUAUGCAAAUAUUUUUUUUCUUUAAAUAUAAUUUUACCUACUAAUAAUUUUUAUGAUGUCAGGUUCUAAAAUAUGUUGGAUUUUCAAUAAUGUAAUUUAAUAAAACUUUUUUAUGUAACAGUUAUUGUAUUAUAUUUUUGCUGUUGUUUUAUAACUUAUAGUGUUUUACAGUGUGUAGCAUUUUCUGUUCUUACUGGAAACCACAAAUAAAAUAUCUCAAUCAAAUUCA